AUGCGCGCGCGCACGCGGGCCGAGUUGGAGGCGGCAAAGAGGCCGGCGGGCGGGAAGCAAGCGGUGGCAGGCGAAGCCCAGGGGUCGGGGCCAGUCUUUGCCAGCCCGGCGACCCGCGGGCAGAAGAACGAGGACAAGGCGGAUGCGGAGAAGACGCCGCCAGGGUUCGACCCCGAAGCCGAUUGGACAGAGGGCGCGGCGGACGUGCACCAGUUCGACAUCACGGCUGACCUGCGCGAGGAGCUGGCCGAGAAGCCCGAGGGGGGCCCGGCCGCCGCCCGUGAGUCCAGGGAGCUCCGCGCUGCACUCGGCGCCGAAGUUCUUCCCAUCCCGGAUGUUUUGAAGCUUGUGCAGGGUCAGCCGAUGGCCAGCAACGCCGCCCUGCACGAUGUUCGUGCUAUGAAGUGUCGCGGUGUGGAGCACGUGCGGCACCGAGUCAUCGAUGAGCCCGACGAUCCCGAGGUGCAGGACAACAUCGACAGGAUGCGCCGCGAGGCCUGGGAAAAGCACGAGGAGCGUCGGAGGACAUGCGCACGCGGCCUGGACACGCGGGACAUGUUCUUGGGCCGCGAACUGGUGUGCGUCAAGCUGGUCAGUGCCGGCGCGGUGUCCAUGACUCCGAACGAGUUUUUGAAUGCGGCGUCUAAGAGGUCUCUCUGCGUCAAGGAUCUGUCGCGGCCACCUCCAAAAACGCAGGCACGGGGGGGCCGCUUGCGCAUGCUCGCGCUGCGGGAGCAUUACCAGACGUUGUUCAAGGAGCUCCCGGAUAAGGCAGCGCAGAAGUUUUCGCCGAACCAGCUGGGGGACGACGACGGACCAUCGAACGCGCUGGUGGGUUUGGUCAAUCACAACUCUGGCGAGGUGGUGGAGCGGGACGGGUGCAGAACGCAGCGGUGCCUUCGUAAGGUCGCACCAGGCAUUGCCAGUGCCGCGCAGUUCGACCAUCCACAAUUCUGGUGCGUGCAAGCCGUCGACGCACAGGCCCAGCGCGAAGCCGCCGCCGUGAACGAGGGCGAGGACAUCAACCCACAGGUCUACAUGCCCGCCUGGGCCCGCCAGUGGAGCAGGGUAUGCGUUCCGUGCGAGGCGGUCGAGACGCGCGAGUGGUGUCGGCAGAGCCCCAUCACGACGCUGGGGGAGCUCUUCUGGGACUUGGGCCGGACGCACACGGCCAAGGCCAUCUGCGCCUUCUACAGGACGCUCCGGCUGGUCGCGUUGAAGAGGGACAAGAACAGUUCCACCAAGGCGAGCAGCGCGCCAGGCUUUGCCAGCGCAUCUCGGCCAGCCGGGUCGGCAGCUGCUUUCGGUUUCACAGGGUCCGACCUCCAGGCGCCAGGCAUCCGCGCAGAUUACUCGUGCCCGGCGACCAACCGCGAGGUGCUCGUGGAGGACUACAUAGAGGCGGUGGGCUUGGCCACAGCGAACGUCAGCUCCAAGACCAAGCAAGAGUUACUGGACGAGGCAUUGCCAGGGGAUGGCUUGUUGUCCAAGUUCACCAGACCGUCUUUCCUCUACUGGGACGCCAGCUUCCUCGACAUGCUUUUCGGCACCGCUCUGGGAAGCGAUCUCAACGACCAAGCGGUCAGCGUCGACUACCAGCUGGCGGGUGUCAUCGCGCGCCCCCUGUAUAAGUGCACGCAGAUCGUCGACGCCAGCGCCGGAGCAGCGCGCGCGAACGUCGCGUCGAUGUCAAGGCUUUUGCGGGACACCGCGGGCCGGGCCCGCUACACGUGCAAGGAGUGUGCUGAGAGGAAACAGGGCGCCGAUGAGACGCCGGGCUUUCCCAGUGUUGCCCUUCACGCCCUGUACUUGUACCCCGCGGUGUUCGGGCCGGAUGGCGAGCCCGCGCCGCUUCGCGCGAUGACGCCCCAUCGCGUGUUCGCGCACGCGCCCCCAGAGAAGUGGGGGUGGGGCGUCGAGCGAGUGCAGCGCCACGUGGUGACCCAGGCGAACCCCGCGAUAUCCACGGCCACGCCGACAUGGCACACUUACAACGCGGAGGAGAGCGAGGCCAUUUGGAUCGCAUCCAGUGCGUACAAGGCCACGCCGCCGAGCAAGACGUGA